AUGAAAAUUGAACCCCAUGAAGGAAUAAAACUCCGGAACUCGAAUAUUCCAUUAUUGGCAUAUGCCGAUGAUAUAGUACUGAUGGACGAAUCUCAAGCUGGAGUUAAACGGCUCUGUGACAGACUUAAUGACGCAGCAUAGAAAGUAGGACUACAAAUUAAUGAACAAAAAACUGAAUAUAUGAUUAUAGGUAGACAAAAUUGGGUGGAUCACGUUUUAGAGGUAGAUCAUUUUAAAUUUAAGAGAGUCAAUUCUUUCAAAUAUCUUGGCUCAAUUGUGACUGAAAAAAAUGAUAUCACCCAGGAAGUAGCCGCGAGAAUCCAAGCGGGAAACAGGACUUAUUAUGGUUUCGAGAAACUAUUAAGUUCUAAAUCAUUAUCAAGAGAGAUAAAGAGACGUUUGUAUACUANCUAGAAAGGAAAAUAUUACGAAAGAUCUUCGGUCCAAUAAAAGAUAACAUCACAGGAGAGUGGAGAAGAAGGAAAAAUAUAGAGCUACAAGAAAUUUUUAAUGAAAAUAACAUAGCAGAGACGAUCAAGAAAAAAAGGUUGCGGUUGGCAGGACAUGCAAUGCGAAGCCAGAACUCUUUACUAAGAAUGGUUUUAGAACAGAAUCCAGUAGGAAAAAGGCCUUUGGAAAGACCAAAAUUUAGAUGGGAAGAUUUAGUUACGAGAGAUAUAGAAGACUUAGGAGGCGGAGCAAACUGGAAGGAUUUGGCGAUGAAUAGAGAUGCCUGGAGAAUUGGUUGUGAGACGGGAUGGUCCUAG